GCGCGGGACGAGGUGCGGCGGCAGGUGGGGCUCGCGGCGCCGCUGGUGGCGUGCAGCCUGCUGCAGUACAGCCUGCAGGUGGUCUCCGUCAUGUUCGCCGGCCACCUCGGCGAGCUUCCCCUCUCCUCCGCCUCCGUCGCGGCCUCCUUCGCCAACGUCACCGGCUUCAGCGUCCUGCUGGGAAUGGGAAGCGCGCUCGAUACACUGUGUGGGCAAUCGUACGGUGCAAAACAGUAUGAUAUGCUGGGGACGCAUGCUCAGAGGGCUAUCUUCGUUCUUAUGCUUUCAAGCGUUCCGCUGGCCUUUGUAUUGGCUUUCGCUGGCCAAAUUCUUACUGCUCUUGGUCAAAAUCCUGAGAUAUCAUAUGGAGCCGGAACCUAUGCCAGGUUGUUGAUUCCUGGGCUUUUCGCAUACGGCUUGCUUCAGUGCCUUACCAAGUUCCUGCAGGCCCAAAAUAUUGUCCACCCACUGGUAGUUUGUUCGGGGGUGACAUUGAUAUUCCACAUUCUGCUGUGCUGGUUCCUUGUUCAGAAUUCCGGUCUUGGCUACAGAGGAGCAGCUUUCGCAACCUCGGUAUCUUAUUGGUUUAAUGUGAUUCUGCUAGCGCUGUAUGUUAAAUUCUCUGAAGCUGGCAGAAGGAGUUGGCAUGGAUGGUCAAGGGCAGUGUUAAAGGAUGUUAACUUGUUUUUAAGUCUGGCCAUUCCAUCUACAUUUAUGACCUGUUCAGCUUGGAGUACUGGGCAUUCGAGAUGGUGGUUCUUCUUGCAGGUUUUCUUCCAAAUCCAAAACUGGAAACUUCAAUUUUAUCCAUCAGAUUCAACAGUGCUGUUAUAUAACAAGACUAUUUACCUGCCUGGUAGACUCAAAUCACAUGGCGGUAGGCCGGUAGCAGGGUGUUACAUACCUUCCCUUCCAUUUUUUGUGAUAACCGCGAACCUAAACACAAUGUGGAUGGUUUAUACAAUUCCAAGUGGCCUCAGCAGUGCAAUAAGUAUUAGAGUGUCCAAUGAAUUAGGUUCCGGGAAUCCACAAGCAGCACGUCUAUCAGUUCUUAUUUCAGGAAUUAUGUGCCUAACAGAAGGCCUUCUUGUACUUAUCAUCACAGUUUCUGUACGAGAUGUGUGGGGUUAUUUGUACAGCAAUGAAGAAGAGAUAGUAAAGUAUGUAUCCAUAAUGAUGCCGAUUCUCGCCACUUCUAACUUCAUGGAUGGCAUACAAUGCACACUAUCAGGUGCGGCUAGAGGGUGUGGCUCGCAGAAAGUAUGCUCCUUCAUCAACCUGUGUGCUUACUAUGCUUUUGGUAUCCCUUCAGCUGUUAUUUUUGCAUUUGUUCUGAAGAUCGGUGGUAAGGGGCUUUGGCUGGGAAUCAUAUGUGCUAUGGUAGUGCAAAUAAUAGCUCUGCUUGUGAUGAUGCUUCAUACCAACUGGGAUAAAGAGUCUGACGUGAGGAAGGCGAGGAAGGGAGAGGCGGGGGCAAGGGAGAAGGGCGCCGGCGACGAGGAAGAAGUGCGCGGGGGGCGGCGGUGGCGCAGCGGAGGCGAGAAAGAAUGCAACGGAGGUGGCGGUUUGCAGGCGUCCACGUGCGGUUUAUAAAGAAAGCGAUGUACGCGGCACACGAGAACCCACUUUUUCACGCGCGUGCCGUUUUAUUUAGCGUGCGUUUUUUCCGCGCCUGCUUGAGCGCGCCAAACACCCGCACGCGUGCAAAAGGCGCAUUUUCUCUCGCGCGCAUCAUAUUUUCCGCGUCUGUUGGAUAUGCUCUUAGUAGUCUUUGUGAAUUACUGUCUUCCAUGCUCUGUGACAAGAAAAUAGAUUGCACUUCUUGUUUCUCCUCAUA